AUAAUCUCGGGUGCUGAUUGGUCAGGACCAUUGCCCCGAACUCGGGAAAAAAUUGGGGCAGAGACAGAGGUGAAAAAGGGCCUUUAUUGCUCAUUUUCACCACAGACCGUAGUGGAGUGCAGCCAUGGCCACCCUGCUGUGUAGGAGGAUGUGGCAGCAGUGCACAGUUGGGAGGCGUCUGAUGAAUACAGCAGUGUGCAGUAGAAAUGUCACAACACAUCAGGCAAGCAGUACCAGCAUUCUGGUGGUGCCUGGGAGUUCUGGUGCAGCUGUGCCUAGAUUGAAGAGAAUGCCAUCAGUGGCAUCACUAAGCAACAAGUUUAACAAGCUGUCUGAGGUCAAAGUCCCAAUGAUAUCAUUACAAAAGAGUGCACUUGUAGACAGUAUGCUUUUCACCAAAAGCACCUCCCUCACUCCCUUGGAGUGUAAGCUAACACUUCGAUACUACCUUCCAAGCUCCAAGCCAGCUAUUUUCCCAGAAAUAACCAUUACAGAUCCUGCUGUUAAGACAGAAUAUGAACUUCCAGUUCAGAGACCAACAUCUGUGGAAGACAGGCAGCCAACAGGGGCCCCAGAUUUCAUUGGAGACACCACCAAUGAUAAUGUCAUGGAGUGUAGGAAUGACCUGUUCCGUCGCAGGAAGAAGAUGAACAAGCAUAAGCUGAAAAAGCUCAAGAAGCGAAUGAAAUUUGUACUUAGAAGGAAACGUCUAAAGAAAAUCAAGAAAAAGGCUGUAAAGCUAAAAGACAAAAUUGAAAACUUGUACAGGAAGUUUGGUAUGACCCCUCCUGACAACUUAGAGGAUCAGUGUAACAAGGUGUACCCCACCAUCAGGUGUUGAAGAGGCAGGAAAAGUAACUGACUAGACCUAUACUUAUUUCAAACAUGGAUCACUACUCAUACCUGUAGUAUGAUAAGAAGAUUUACUGCCACUUAUUUUCAUGAAUUCUUGAUACAUGUACUUGAAUAAAUGAGCUGAAUCAACCCACUUCAUCAUGUGUAUUUGGGAGGCUACUUGUUAAGUUCAGUUACUACUUGUAUUCCCAAGCUUAUCAUCAUCAUCAUGCUUAUAGGUGCACUUGUAUGAUGUAUCCAGUUGUUCACUAUGACAAUGUUGAAAGUGUAUUGAUAAUUCUGCAGACUUUAUUAAUGACAAAACUGUUGUUACUUUAUAUAGAAUAAACCUUGCUUAUUUAGCAAAUUUCA